UUUAAAUUGAGUGCAACUUCUUUUUUUCUUUUUGGAGAGAGAGAGAGAGAGAGAGACCGAGGGCUUUGGUGAUGAGCAGUCUUUGAGUUGUUUGUAAGAUAAAGUAUUUGACACAAAAUAUUAUGGCGGAAACCAACUUUGUCGAGUCCGGAAUGGAACACGCCAAGAGAGCUAUAACUGCUGAUAGGGAGGCUUUGGAAACUGACUCAUUUGAAAAGUAUGAAGAAGCAUAUCGUGGUUAUUUAAGAGCCAUCGAAUACUUUUUGACGGCUUUGAAAUAUGAGAAGAAUUCUAAAACGAAGCACAUUAUUCGUGCUAAAGUGGAAGAGUACAUGGAUAGAGCCGAGGAAAUAAAGAAAGUUUUGCAUGAACCACGAGAGAGAGUAGUGGACUCCAACGGAAGAACAGGAAACGGGGCAACAGUUGGUGCAACAACAGAAAGGAGACGUUCCUCUUCACAAGGGAAUGGAAACAACAAUGAAGCUUCUCAGGAAGAAGAAAAACGGCUCCGAAGUGCCAUUGAGAGUGCUAUCGUAAGAGAAAAACCAAACGUGAGAUGGGACGAUGUAGCUGGGCUUGAUAGCGCAAAAGAUGCAUUGAAGGAAGCAGUUAUUCUUCCGUUAAGGUUCCCUCAGUUGUUUACGGGUAAAAGGAAGCCUUGGAGAGGCAUAUUGUUGUAUGGCCCACCUGGUACUGGAAAAUCUUAUCUAGCAAAGGCUGUUGCUACAGAAGCUGAUGCACACUUUUUUAGUGUAUCUUCCGCCGACUUGGUUAGCAAGUGGAUGGGUGAAAGUGAACGUUUAGUACGUCAAUUAUUUUCGUUGGCAAGGGAGAACCAGCCUUCUAUUAUCUUUAUAGACGAAAUAGACUCAUUGUGCAGUUCCAGAAACGAUUCUGAGAGUGAAAGUGCUAGAAGGAUAAAAACAGAAUUUCUUGUUCAAAUGCAAGGUGUAAGUAAUGACUCAGAUGGUGUUCUCGUUUUAGGUGCAACCAAUAUUCCUUUCUCGCUAGAUAGUGCUAUACGGAGAAGAUUUGAACGACGUAUAUAUAUUCCUCUACCAAAUGUUCAAGCACGUGAAAGAAUGUUUCAAAUACAUAUUGGAAAUACCCCUCAUGAGUUGAAAUCUGAAGAUUUUCAUGAGUUGGCACUGUUAACGGAAGGAUAUUCAGGAUCGGAUAUUGCUGUAUUGGUUCGUGAUGCUAUUAUGCAACCAGUUCGUACAUGUCAGAAUGCGCAAACUUUUAAGAAAGUCAAGAAACCGAAGAGUGAUACCAAUCAAUCUUUGAAGGUAUACUAUACACCCUGCAGUCCAGGUGACCCAGAAGCGGAAGCUUUGACUCUGAUGGAUAUCAAGGCCGAUGAUCUUUUAGUGCCGAAUGUUUCCAAAUAUGAUUUUGAUAAAGUUAUUGCGAAUACGAGACCGAGUGUGAGUCAAGAAGAUAUUGCACUACAUAUCAAGUUUACGAAAGAGUUUGGACAAGAAGGAAACUAAUAUGCUUAGAUAAUAUACCCAUCCAUAAAAUUUUCAUGAUUUCUACUUUGGAAUGAUAUAUUUUUAAAUAGUCGCUGAAAUGACGAAUGAACUGUGGCGACGAAUC